GCGGACAGCAAACCGUGUGGUGGCUCAAGGCCGAACAGGUUGAUCGGGAUUCCUCUCCAGCCAGCUUCCUGUGCAAGUGUCUGAAGCAGCCAUGGCAACUGUUCCUGAACUCAACAGUGAAAUGACAGCUUUCCAGAGUGAUGAGAAUGACCUGUUCUUUGAGGUUGACGAGCCCCAAAAGAUGAAGAGCUGCUUCCAAGCUGUUGACCUGAGCUGCCCAGACGAGAGCAUCCAGCUCCAAAUCUCCCAGCAGCAUUUCAACAAGAGCUUCCGGCAGGUGGCAUCACUUAUUGUGGCUGUGGAGAAGCUGUGGAACAUUCCUGCCUCUUGCUCGUGGACCUUCCAGGAUGAGGACUUGAGAACCUUCUUUUCCUCCGUCUUUGAAGAAGAGCCCCUCUUCUGUGAGUACUGGGAUGGCGAGCUGCUCGUGGCUGAUGUUCCCAUUCGUCAGCUGCACUGCAGGCUCCGAGAUGAACAACAGAAAUGCCUUGUGCUGUCUGACCCCUGUGAACUGAAAGCUCUCCACCUCAAUGGGCAAAAUAUAAACCAACAAGUGAUAUUCUCCAUGAGCUAUGUGCAGGGAGAGACAAGUAACAACAGGAUACCUGUGGCCUUGGGAGUCAAGGGGAAAAAUCUGUACCUGUCCUGUGUGCUGAAAGGUGACACGCCCACCCUGCAGCUGGAGAGUUUGGAUCCCAAACAAUACCCAAAGAAGAAGAUGGAAAAGCGGUUUGUCUUCAACAAGAUAGAAAUCAAAUCCAAGGUGGAGUUUGAGUCUGCGCAGUUCCCCAACUGGUACAUCAGCACCUCCCAAGCAGAACAUAAGCCUGUCUUCCUGGGAAACAACAGCGGCCAGGAUAUAAUUGACUUCACCAUGGAAUCCAUAUCUUCCUAGGAGGCCCAUGUAUGUUGGAUAAAGCCUCAACCCUUAGUGCUGACACAAGAAAUAGUCUGGACUAUUUCUAAUGCCUUCUCCAGGACAGAUCUCCCUUGUUACCAAUGAAGGGACAGCUCUGUGUCCGGGGACUCUUUAGUCCUCUGCAGAGCCAGGUCUUUCUCACCCCUCCUGCAUUUUCAGAGCCACCAUGACAAAAAUCAUGGCACAUUCUGUGCAGAGAAAGCCUGUCUUUUCUUCCUGGCCUCUGAUGGGCAACUAUUUGCCUGUUUAUUUAUGUAUUUAUUGAUUGGUUGAUAUAUUUAACUUAAUUCAAGUGGAACAUGAAGCAUGCCUACAAAAAAAAUCUAGUUUUCCAUGACAUGGAAUAAACUGAAUUUGAAUCCAGUGCAUGGUCUGAGCUGAGUUCUUUCAUUGAAGCUGAGAAUGAAGAGGCUCAUAUUACAUAGAUGAGAAAAUUUAUGAAUGAA